GCAAAAUUCAUGGUACAAGGAACUACUCGAUAAAAGUGGAGGCAGGAAAGUAUGAAUUGCAAAAGUAAAAAAUAUCGCACUACGUAGUAAUUUCAUGAUGAUCGCAUUCGCAAAUUCUUGCUCGUAUAAUUUUCUCGUGAACUGUCUAGCCCUAGAUGAAAUUUCGUUAUGAUGUCUUGCCUAGGAGAAGGAAGCUGCCGGGCAUGAUUGUAAUUAUUACGAGUGCGAUACUUUUGCAAUGCAGAAGCAGAGCAGGAGUUCGACACGAUGAAAAAGCUGACAAAAGACGGCUAUCCAUUGCAACUGUGUUUUUGUCUCGAAAAGCGGGAGUUGUAUAUAAUGCGUGUCUUGCGCCAUAGCCAUGGCGAUCACCAUUCCUAGAUGAAAAUCUGUGUUGCAUGAGCAGCGAGAGGGCAGCUGCUUCCUCUGUGAUGUUGCAAAAACGCAAUUGAUAAUGCGUGCUUUACGAAUCAAAUUCAGUUUCAGAUGCAUUCCAGAAGCAAAAAACUAUUUAUGCCUAGCCGCUAGGCCAUUGGUUCUUGCAGGCGUCCCAAUCAGCCGUUUUCCAGACCCAGACAUAUUUGCAAUGCAUAAGGGCUUUCGCG